AUGGACUCUGGUGUUUCAGAGAAUAAUUUGUUUUUACCUGAAUUAAUUAAUAUGAUGGGGCCUUUACUUAGUGGAACACUAUUUCCUUACAAUAAUAAUACAGAGAAAGCAAACGCAAAUGCGCUUUUUAAUUCAAUUAAAGAAAAAAGUAAAGUAUUAACAAAUUGCUUUUCAAGUGCUCCUUCAUGCCAUGUAAACAAUUUUUUAAUGAGUUUUGAAGAUGAAAAUCCACAAAUUUAUUUAGAUAAUAAACAAUUUGUUUUGAGUUUCAACAAAAGAGAUGACCCAAAUUCAUGGUUAUCUUCAGACAAUAACUCAAAUUGCAGUUCAAAAAAACAUAUAUUAAUAAGUGACUUAAUAAAAGAAAUUCAGGACGAUGAUAACCAUUGGCUUGGAGAGGUACUCCAUUUAGAAUCUAAAAGGAUUCAGAAUAGAGUAAACGAAUGUAAAAUGAGAUACGGUGCAAUUUUAAAUUUUUUGAUCGCAAAUUCAUCUGCGAUUCCGAUUCUCGUAAAAAACAAAAAUAGAAAAAUUAACGCAUUAAAUACCUGUAAAAACGCUUAUCAGAGCGAAUACUGCUACAAAUUAGAAAAAUAA